AUGUUGAUGGUGGCAGGCGAUCGCCAGCGGGCUGACAGCGGUCGGUUAUUCCCCCCCUCCCCCAGCGGUCGGUCAUUCCCCCUCCCCCCAGCGGUCGGUCAUUCCCCCUCCCCCCAGCGGUCGGUCAUUCCCCCUCCCCCCAGCGGUCGGUCAUUCCCCCUCCCCCCAGCGGUCGGUCAUCCCCCCAGCGGUCGGUCAUUCCCCUCCCCCCAGCGGUCGGUCAUUCCCCCUCCCCCAUCGGUCGGUCAUUCCCCCUCCCCCCAUCGGUCGGUCAUUCCCCCUCCCCAAGCGGUCGGUCAUUCCCCCUCCCCCCAGCGGUCGGUCAUUCCCCCUCCCCCCAGCGGUCGGUCAUUCCCCCUCCCCCCAGCGGUCGGUCAUUCCCCCUCCCCCAGCGGUCGGUCAUUCCCCUCCCCCAGCGGUCGGUCAUUCCCCCCAGCGGUCGGUCAUUCCCCCUCCCCCCAGCAGUCGGUCAUUCCCUCCUCCCCCCAGCGGUCGGUCAUUCCCCCUCCCCGCUGGUCGGUCGGUCACGCCCCCUCCCCCAGCAGUCGGUCACGCCCCUCCCCCCAGCGGUCGGUCAUUCCCCCUCCCCCAGCGGUCGGUCAUUCCCCCUCCCCCCAGCGGUCGGUCAUUCCCCUCCCCCAGCGGUCGGUCAUUCCCCCUCCCCCCAGCGGUCGGUCAUUCCCCUCCCCGCUGGUCGGUCGGUCACGCCCCUCCCCCAGCAGUCGGUCACGCCCCCUCCCCCCAGCGGUCAGUCACGCCCCCUCCCCCCCAGCGGUCGGUCACGCCCCCCCCCCCCCAGCGGUCGGUCACGCCCCCUCCCCCCCAGCGGUCGGUCACGCCCCCUCCCCCCAGCGGUCGGUCACGCCCCCUCCCCCCAGCGGUCGGUCACGCCCCCGCCCCGCUGUCCAGCCGCCCAGUCAGAAGAGUCUGUGA